GUCAGUCACGGCACCUUAGGACACACGCGCUCACUUUUUGUUUUCUUUCUUCGAUUAACACUGACAGCCAUUUAUUGGACGCGAUUUAUCGGAACCCAAAAUGGACACGCAGGAAAGCGCCCUUUUAUCUAACCGUGGAAACUGAGGAGCGGGCGGCGCAGAAGGUCAGCGGUCAGAUCUCCAGCAUGGACGCAGUGGUGACCCGCUGACAGCUCCAUGUCUCCCUCUUCUCCGUGCCAAACGCCUCCGCGAGGGGACAAAGGAUUCAAGCCUGCCUCUCCUGCUCCCCCCGUCCCACCGAGGAGGCUGAGGAGCCGGGAGAAGAGCUCCAGUCGCACGCGGAGGUCCGGAGCAGCAGCAGCAGCGGAGAGCCGGGUGAAGUGCGUGCUGGUGGGCGACGGAGCUGUGGGCAAGACCAGCCUGGUGGUCAGCUACACCACCAACGGUUACCCCACCGAGUAUGUGCCCACGGCGUUUGACAACUUCUCAGCGGUGGUGUCCGUUGACGGACAACCAGUCAAACUGCAACUGUGUGACACUGCUGGACAGGAUGAGUUUGACAAGCUGCGUCCGCUGUGCUACACCAGUGCAGACGUGUUCCUGCUGUGCUUCAGUGUCGUCAGCCCGGUCUCCUUCCAGAAUAUUCCGGAGAAGUGGGUCCCAGAGAUACGGAGACACGCUCCUUUAGCACCCAUCCUCCUGGUUGGAACGCAGUGUGACCUCAGAGAGGAUGUCAAGGUUCUCAUCGACUUGGCCCGGUUCCGUGAAAGGCCUGUGGAGCCAGCAGAUGCCAGGGAUUGUGCCAGUGAGAUCGGUGCAGUGGCUUACAUGGAAUGUUCCUCUUUAACCCAAAAGAAUCUGAAAGAAGUGUUUGACACGGCCAUACUGGCCAGCCUGCAGAGCUACGGCGUCCAGGCACGGCCCAGAGGAAAACAGAGGCGAAGAAAGAAGCAGAGACAAGCGCCAGACAAGAUGAGUCUGUCCAAGUCCUGGUGGAGACGAUACUGCUGCGUGGCCUAGAGCAGAGGACUCACGUGGAUCUGGAUCUUUAUGUCCCAGACGUUCAAGUGAACCAAAGAAAACUGGACCCGAUUCAAGUUUAUUUUGUGAAGGAAAGAAUGCGCUUAUCAUCUCUGAGAUUUUUUUUUUUAUCAGCAGGUUUGACACGGCCCAGCUGCCGCACCACUGAUUACACCAGAACUCUCACAUCUGGUCUGGUUCCGACGCUUGUGCCCACCACUGGAGGUAUAGGGGUGUCACCCGGAAUUCUGGAACAAACAGUUGCUGGGAAAGAUUUCCAGUCUGUGUGCAGAUAAGAAACUGGCUCUGGUUUCCAGUGAAAACUGAAACAUGUGACCUCCCUGAAGCUCCUCUGAAGAAUUUUCUUAAUCGCUUCAUGAAACAUUGUUUUGGAGCAGAUAAGAAUGUGCUGAGUCUCCGUCACCACCUUUCAUCAAUGAAAACAAAUAACCUGGAACAUGAGCUGGUCUUAUAUCGCUGGUGUUUUGGCCUCAUGCUGUCUGAGCUGAGAAACGUUAGAGGGGGUGCACUUAUUUUUCUUAUGUGUGUUGGUUGAGAGUAUCAUUGCACCAAAGUUGAGCAACCAAAGACGGAAAAGGGGGGGUGAAGGAUGAAGCACCUGUUUGUACAGGAGAAGAUCAAAAGUAAAUAGAAGGAGGGAUGAGAAAGAGCAGAGUCACUGAGCACUGCACUCAAAUGCCAUUGGACUAGAUGUCAAUCAAUCUUUGCUGAUUGUUCUUCCACUUCAAAAACACAAGGGUGGUCUCACUAAAUAUUCUUCAAGAGACAGAAGUAUUCCUAAUGUUACAUCAAGAGCCACACACGUGUUUUUUCUGGUCUUAAAAUCUGUGUCCUGUGUUUCCCUGAUGAGUGGCUUUCAUUUGAGGGUCUGAACAGGUUUAUUGAGGAAGAUUUCAGAUUGCUGACAAAGUUGUGGAUCAGAUGAUGGUCUUAGGUUUCAAAAUGUAAUCUCUGUGAAUUGCAGUCCGAACACCCGCAUUAUGUGGCGCACGACAAAAUCAUGUAAAUUGCGUGGUAAUGUGUUGCCGCUCCAGUUUCAGUACACUUUUUAACAUGACAUUGAAUUAAAUAUCAACCCAUUUCAAGCAUUUCAAGUGACACAAAGCCACUCAGCUGGCUGGAUUUGACCCCUGAACUGGGACUUUGACACGCACUCAUUCUAGACUCCUAACAUGUUCUUAACUCCCUUGUGUGAUAUCAGUGACAAGUCCAUCUUCCCUGCUGUCACGAUGGCGUGUCAGUCACUUGAGAUCACAUUUACGAGUUAUAGUUCAGAUUUGGCAUUCCUUAACUCUACACUGGUUCAUUUCCUCUGUGGUCCGUGUUGAGAUCUUCCCACCCACUCACACUUCUAUAACAACUGAAGACUGUUCUCCGGCUGCCACUCCUGUCUCUGUCCAUGCUGAUGACACGAGACAGCACUCGUGCUGCCGUCCUUUAUUUCAAGCUUUGAUUUUACGGUUCAGAGACAAACAUCCAUUACUGACCUCAUUUAACUCCAGCAGAAUCUUUAAAGUUCCAGUACAAGAAUUUUUAUUGUGCUUAUAUGUCCCGACACAUCGAAAGCACAUUGAAAUGUUUCACGGCUCAAAUAGUUGUUUUUACAGUUUGCAGCCCAUUUUAAGGGUUUAAAAGAGUGUUUGCGGGACGUUUUACUUCAUCUUUUGUUUUGGUCUCAACGUUCUCACACAGCCUGAGCUGUCGUUCGUACCAUUUGAUCCCAUCCGUGGGAGAAUGAACUGGACGAGACAUUUUUAAUUGUGUUAUUAAGGUUGUACCCCCCGGAGCUCACCUGGGACACCAGCUGGGAACUCUACUUUGGGAAACUGCAGAGCUCAGUCUGGUCUCUGCAGCUGUUGUCCAGUGAUGUUGCAACAGCUCCAGCCGUGACAGACAGGAGAGUCAAGUCGAAAUGUUUGUGUAGAAGUUUUAUACACUGAGAAAUAAAUCAUGUUUGACACGUUA